AUGAACCAAGAACAGGAACGAAAAGUAUUGAAGGAUCAAAACGGUUCAAAGGUUCGAUAUCGAGUCUUAUGGACAUUAAAAGAUGAAUAUUUGAAUGGUAUUGCUUUAUUAAUCACGGAGCAUCUGCCAAAGUACCAGGCAUAUGUCAAGAACCUCAAAAAAAAUAACUUCACAGUCAUUGGAUACGCCAGAAAGUCUCCAGGCCAGGAACAGCAGGAAGUGAGAGUGGGUUUGGUUCAAAAAAUGGUCAACAAAUUGUAUGACACGUUGCUUGUAAAUCGAGUAUUUGUCACUACGUUAUCGCGAGCAAAUGAUACCAUUACAUCCCGCGACACGAAUGGAAAAAAUGCCCAAUUGACGCUUUUGAACCAAGUGCAUGGAAACACGCAAGAUCUAUCGGAAUAUAUUUGCACAUCAAAAAACAACUGUCUAGUAGCGAUUGAUUUCGCCGGUUUGUCAACCAAUACCAGUGAUUUAUAUGAUUUCAUUGUGUACGUCUUCUUAUACGAAAAAAGUAAUCACUUCUCGCUAAAAAUGAUUUUUUAG